AUGCCUCAACCACAAGGAACCACAGAACCCACAACCAAGCCACAGCAGGGAAGCCACAGACCCAUUUUACCCGUUGCCAGGAAGCCAGGAACACCGGAAGCGUCGAAUGCCAUACUUUACGGUGCUACAAGUCGCGAUACGAUUGCGAUACGAAGCAGCCAAGGAGGGGUUGCCUCAAUCCAAUCUCUCUCUGCCUCUCUCCUCACAUCACCUUCCAACUCUCGUGUCGACGCGGUCAGCAAAAGCAUCACCAUCACCGUCACUUCAGCCGCCGCAUUGACCGUCACAUCGACCGAGAAAGCAGUACUCUACGCACUCGUACUCGACAGAGGUGCACCAGAAAACUUCCAUUCUGGCUACGAGAGGAUCAAUCCCUGGACGAGCUCCUUGUCGAGUAACCGCGCCGAGCUGUCUGUGUAA